UCGCCUCAAUUUGGCCUCAUUUGUUUUGUCAGCAUCCUCUUCAUUCAUCUUCCUCCACAUCGGUGGCGAUGCUUCACGCGGACCAGGCCGUCCUGGCAGCUCCGUACGCCGCCUCUCGCGCUCACUAGCUUGGGCUCGUCCGUGCGAAGGUCCGGUGGUCCGUCAUGGUGCAGAAGUCUCGGAACGGCGGCGUGUUUCCCGGAGCGCAGGCCGACCAGAAGAAGUUGAAAGUCGGCUUUGUGGGUCUGGAAGCCGGCGGGACGGAUUCCAGCAGGGACGGAGCUCUGCUUAUUGCAGCCGACGAAGGUCCUCGGCGUCAGCGCAGCAGCGUGUCGGGGGGCAAGAAAGCUCCCAAGAGGAACGCUCUCUACAGGCGGCUGCAGAACUUCCUCUACAACGUCCUCGAGAGGCCCCGGGGGUGGGCCUUCAUAUACCACGCCUACGUGUUCCUGCUGGUCUUCUCCUGCCUAGUCCUGUCCGUCUUCUCCACCAUCCGAGAGUACGAGAAGAGCUCCGAGGACGCGCUCUACAUCCUGGAGGUGGUGACCAUCGUGGUGUUCGGCGUGGAGUACAUGGUGCGCAUCUGGGCGGCGGGCUGCUGCUGCCGAUAUCGAGGAUGGCGAGGAAGACUCAAGUUUGCCAGGAAGCCCUUUUGCGUCAUCGACAUCAUGGUGCUGAUUGCGUCCAUCUCGGUGCUGGCGGCGGGCACGCAGGGAAACGUGUUUGCCACUUCUGCCAUCCGCUCGCUGCGCUUCCUCCAGAUUCUGCGCAUGAUCCGCAUGGACCGCCGCGGAGGAACCUGGAAGCUGCUGGGAUCAGUCGUCUAUGCCCACAGCAAGGAACUGAUCACAGCCUGGUACAUCGGCUUCCUGUGUCUAAUCCUGGCAAGCUUCCUGGUUUAUUUGGCCGAGAAAGAAGACAACGAACAAUUUGAGACGUACGCUGACGCCCUCUGGUGGGGAUUGAUCACGCUGACCACCAUCGGCUACGGAGACAAGUUCCCCAUCACCUGGAACGGUCGCCUGCUGGCGGCCACGUUCACACUGAUCGGCGUGUCCUUCUUUGCUUUGCCAGCUGGCAUCCUGGGUUCUGGUUUUGCUCUCAAGGUACAAGAGCAGCACAGACAAAAACAUUUUGAGAAAAGACGGAACCCAGCAGCGGGACUCAUUCAGGCUGCAUGGAGGGUUUACGCCACAAACCUGACUCGAUCUGACCUGACAUCCACAUGGGACUACUACGAAAGGACCGUGUCCGUCCCCAUGUACAGGUUAAUUCCGCCCCUCAACCAGUUGGACCUGCUGAGGAAUCUCAAAAACAAGUCAGGACUCUCAUUCAGGAAGGAAGUCCAGUCAGAGCCUUCUCCCAGCAUUCAGAAGGUGAGUCUAAAAGAGAGAGUCUUCUCAUCUCCACGCAGUUCGGGAACCAAAGGAAAAGGUUCUCCUCAGCAUGUGAUCCCGGUGGUUGGUCCAGGUGUAGCUCCAUGCGUGGGACCCGGAGUUCCUGGUGGUGUUCAGGCCCUGCGCCGCUCCCCCAGCAUAGAGCCCGGUCUAGAGGACAGUCCGAGUAAGGUUCCUAAGAGCUGGAGCUUUGGAGAACGCAGCAGAACCAGGCAGGCCUUCAGGAUUCGAGGAGUCGCAUCCCGCCAGAACUCCGAAGACACGAGCCUGCCAGGAGAAGACAUGGCCGAUGAUAACAAGAGCUGCCACUGUGAGUUCGUCCCGCAAGACUUGACACCCGGCAUCAAGGUCACCAUCCGAGCCAUCUGUAUCAUGCGCUUCAUGGUGUCCAAGAGGAAGUUUAAGGAGAGUCUUCGUCCGUAUGAUGUCAUGGAUGUGAUUGAACAGUAUUCAGCAGGACACUUGGACAUGCUGGCACGGAUUAAGAACCUUCAGUCCAGGGUGGACCAGAUCGUGGGCAGAGGAACUCCAAUUGCAGACAAGGACCGACCAAAAGCUGCAGGGGAAGAACUCCCUGAGGACCCCAGCAUGAUGGGACGCUUGGGGAAGGUGGAGAAGCAGGUCCUGUCAAUGGAGAGAAAGCUGGACUUCCUAGUCAAUAUCUACAUCCAGCGAAUGGGAAUCCCACAGACAGAGACGGAUGCCUACUUUGGAUCUAAGGAACCAGACCCGGCGCCACCUUACCACAGUCUAGUGGACCAGCUGGAGAAGAGCCAGUCUAUUCAAAAGACCCCGCAAGUGUUGCCAGAUGACAGUGUGGACAAGAGUCAUUUUGGGACCAAAAUGGUCAGGUCCAGCAGUUCGUCUAACCCCCGGGACUACAAUGCCGGGGCCACCUGCCCCCCCUCCACUUCCUGGCAGCCAAUCAGUUCCCAAUUGCUUCAACAGGUUCCACCUCAGCCACAGCGUAGCCUAGGGAACACCCCGAGUCCAGAGGGGGACGGGUCCCUGGUUCGACUUCCACCGCCGCCAGCCGGAGAGAGGCACGGUGGGAAUCGAGCCAAACGCCACAGUACCGGAGAUAGGGGGGGGGCUGAGAGAGGGGGCAAGGAAGGGGCAGGGGAAGGGGGGGAGGAUGAGGUCAAGCCCGACAGCGACCACUCCCUGUCCAUCCCAUCUGUAGACCACGAUGAUUUGGAGCACUCCUUCAGCGGGUUUUCCAUCUCUCAGUCCAGGGACAACCUGGAUUUGCUCAACAACAGUUUCUAUUCAUCCGCCAAACUGGCGUCCAACCUCGGGGGAUUAGCGGGGGCCUCCUGCUGUGCCACCACAAGACCAUACGUUGCAGAGUCCGAGUCGGACUCGGAGCUCUGCGCGCCCUCGCCGCAUUCAGACCGCAUCUGGCCCGCAAACAAGUAGAGCCCAUUGGAAACCAGGUGGAACCAGCAGAACUCCCAAAUAAAUAUAUGAAUAAGUCAUAGUGAUAGAAAGGUGACAAAAACAGCCACACACCUGCUCAGGUGGAGGGUGAAGCAGAAACACGUAAGAUGUGACCUACCAGCUGAGUUCAUCGACUUUUUGGAUCACCGCAACACUGAAGACAUGCUCUCGUCCGAUUGGUCUCUGCAGUCACACUCUUGCUCUUGAUACGCUGACUGAAACACGCCCGCGCCUGACUGGUUCACUGCAGAGAACCAAUCCUCUGGUAUGUUGGUUGCCACACCGAGGGCACACUCAGACCCGAUUGCUUCACCGCGACGACAUGUUUCCAACAGACUGGUUGACUGUCGGGACACGCUUGCACCCGGUUGGUUCGCACUCAAUGCCUGCCUGUCUGCGCAUCAAAUACAUUUGUAUGUAUCAAACAGUAACAUGUAAUGAUUGAUUUAGAAAAAAGUGACACUGGCUCGAAGGUGGCGUCAAAGGUUCAGACAGUCACGAAAAAAAUGGAAAAGAAAACAUUUUGAAGAACAGUAAGACAGUCUUCAAAUCCAAAGUGUAAGUGUUUGAGCUAGCUAAGUGGUCGACGCCAAAACUAGCGGCACUAGUGUGCUCACAUCGUCCACCACUUAAAAUGCUAAAAACCCUCUGGUCCUCAAGGCUAUACAAAAUAUGAAAUUGCCAAUAUGCACACUGUUAUGCUAAGUGAGCAUGGCUUGCUGUACGGUACUAGAGAGCAGCACUGAAGCUAAUGCUAAGGAGUCCUGCUAGCAGCAAUAAUCCAGGCUUGAGUAACAUACAUAGAAUUGACAAGUGAGAAAUGUUUCCAAAUGUUAUUGUUUUGAAAGACUAACUUCAUGCCAAGGGAAGGGGGUAGCUCGUGAGCUAACUUUGCUAAUGCUGCAGUUCCACGCAACCAUCGAUCAUAAAGCUCAUCCAGACAUGAUCUAGG